CGGGCCGCUCGGGCCUGUCGGGGAGGAGCCGGGUGCGCGGGGAUGCGGGCGGCGCGUGGAGCCAUGGCCAACUUCCGUCUGGCUCUCAUUCAGCUUCAUGUAUCUGCUGUUAAAUCAGAUAACCUCCAACGAGCCUGUGAGCUGGUGAGAGAAGCCUCAGCUAAAGGAGCAAAAAUUGUGGCCCUGCCUGAAUGCUUUAAUUCUCCAUAUGGAACCCAGUAUUUUAAGGAGUAUGCAGAGAAGAUCCCUGGGGAUUCGACCCAAAAGCUCUCAGAAGUUGCGAAGGAGUGCAGUAUAUAUCUCGUUGGAGGAUCCAUUCCAGAAGAGGAUGGUGGAAAGCUGUAUAACACAUGUACUGUCUUUGGGCCUGACGGUGCUAUGUUGGCAAAACAUAGGAAGGUUCAUUUGUUUGACAUUGAUAUUCCUGGGAAGAUACAAUUCAAAGAGUCUGAAACACUGAGUCCGGGGAAUAGUUUUUCCAUGUUUGAUACUUCAUUCUGCAAAGUGGGCCUGGGCAUCUGCUAUGAUAUCAGAUUUGCUGAGAUGGCUCAAAUCUACGGACAGAAAGGUUGCCAGCUGCUGAUAUAUCCAGGGGCUUUUAACCUGACCACAGGACCAGCUCAUUGGGAACUGCUACAAAGGGGACGAGCUGUUGAUAACCAAGUCUACGUAGCCACUGUAUCUCCUGCUAGAGAUGAAAAAGCAUCCUAUGUUGCCUGGGGUCACAGCACUGUAGUAAAUCCAUGGGGUGAAGUCAUAGCCAAAGCUGGGGCUGAGGAAACAGUUGUAUACACAGAUAUAGAUCUGAAGAAACUCGCAGAAAUACGUCAACAAAUUCCAAUUCUAAGCCAGAAGCGUUGUGAUCUCUACAGUGUGGAGAUGAAGAAGUGAAGAAUGGCUCAGCAGGGAAGGCUCAGUGGGCACAAUGGUUGCUGCUUUCAUCUUGGGAAGGAUUCCUCUAUGAGCUGCUCCAAAAUCUACUACUCCAAGUGCAAGUUAAUGAAAAUCAGACACCACAGGAUCUGGUGGUGCCAUUCUAAAAUGGAUUCAAACCCAACUUACACAUCUCCUCUCAUAAUGUAGUGUUUUACAGCUAGGAUAAGGAUGAAAUCAUUUCAACAUAGUAAUUAACAUUGCUUUUUAUGCAUCACAGUAUUUUAGUUACCUUUUGGGGGCUUACUUGUAGAACAUAGAAAUGGGAACCUUUCUCUGUCUGGGAAUCCUCUGAAGUCAGCUUUGAUACUAUGAAUUUUUCAAUGAAGGGUCAGAUAAUCUAGAAGCAUGAUUCUUCCACCCCUCUCCCUCUUAGGUGUAUGUGCCUUAACAAAACUCCUUGAAUGUCCAACUUCUAACUUGGAAAGCUUAAAAUUUAACACCCUGAGCAAAACAGACCAAAUUCUGCUCUGUACCACUUAAGGACAAUGCAAGAAGCUGCUGAACAUAAUUGCUACUAUAGAAGAAUGUGUAACAGGGGUUGGUUGAUGCUUCCUACCUGAAAUGUAUGGAUUAAAUUCUCCUCAUUGCAGUUCCUGGUUCUUGCUGAAGUGAUGGAGGUCACUGUUUUGGUAAAACAGUUCACAUGGCACUGCUCUGUGUUCUAGGUACUGCUUGCUUAGUGUCUGAAGGGGCUUUAAUUCUGCUGCAGGGCAGGUUUCACCUGAAAAGGGUGAGAGGAGUCACAAAAUCACAGAAUGGUGGGAGUUGGAAGGGACCUCUGACGAUCACCAAGUUCCACACCUCUGCUUAAAGCAGGAUCACCUAGGGCAGGUCACAGAGGAUCACAUCCAGACAGGUUUUGACUAUUUCAGGAGACUCCACAACCUCUCUGAGCAGCCUGUUCCAGUGCUUCAUCACCCCUGAAGUUUUUCCUCAUGUUCAGAUGUAAUUUCAUGGUUCCAGAGAGCAACGAGGUCUCCCCU